AUGAAGUGCUUGGCCCAGUAUUCGUCCCAAUGGGAAGACAUUCACCUGCCUACUCCUUCCUGUAUUCCAUGGACACAACUAGUGCUACUGGAUCCCCCUUCACUCCAUCUUCCAUCGUUAAGAUCACUCAUUGUGGAUUGUCAACCUGACGAGCACACUCUCGCCUGCAUCUUGGACAUGUUCAAACACAUGCCCAAGCUGAAGUCUUUUGAAUUCCACUUGAACGGCACUCCCUCAGACUUUGACCCGAAAAUAAUCCCAGUGCUGUGGCAGCAACUCACGCAUUUGGCCAUGUCAUUGGGAGAAUCACAGGAUGCAGGCUGUUGGUUAGAGUCAAGCGUCAGGGUUCUUCGUCUCUGCCCGAAUCUUGAAACAUUGAGCGAUGGGACUGGGUUUCAGCCCUAUCCAGAGCCCACUCCUGUAUCUCUCCCAAGACUCCGUUCACUCAGAGCCAGCUACCCUCUGUUACUAAACUAUCUCAUCUGUCCAGCGCUGGAACACCUAGAAGCUCCUCCACCAUAUGAUAUGUUCUUUGCUGUGUGGAGACUUUCACAAUUCACCACUCAUUCUGGGUGUCAAAUACUCUCCAUCAAAUUGAAUAUGGAAGGUUACGACAGGAAUACUGAUAUAGUGCUCUUAAAUGUCCUAACCUCGGACAACACAAACUUGACACUCCCAGAUUUGAAUGUCCUUGAGCUGAAGACCAAGGAGCUUUUCACAGGGGAAGCAUUGUCGGAAGAGCUGGAUGAAGCGUUGGUUAGGACUAUCGAUAGUCGCUGGAACAUCUCCCGAGGAUCGCCGGUUGCCCCGUUGCGACAAGUCCAUAUCAAGUGCAGCAAGGCUGGUAUUAGAGGGGAUACUGACACACAGAAAUGA